AUGGCCAAGCAGCUGCGGGUCUACCAAGUCUGGAGAGGCAACAACAUAAUCUGGUGUGGUGGGAGACUGAUCUUUGGACCAGAUGCCAAGGCUACUCUGCUAUCUUUCUCGCUGAUCGUGGCCCCCGUUGUUGUCUUCUGCAUCUUUGUGGGCAAAAAUCUCAUACACAUCUUUCCUGCAUAUAACGCAGGGUAUGCAAUUCUGGUUGUCACCGUAGCCCUGACAAUUCAUGUACUGUUACUGCUCUUCUUGACCUCAUCUCAAGAUCCAGGUAUUGUACCAAGGAAUUCAAAUCCACCUGUGGAGGAGUUUUCUCAUGAUUCUUCAGCCCCUCAUACUCUCCAGUUCCCUCGGAUAAAAGCGAUCAUGGUCAAUGGUGUGCCCGUGAGAGUAAAAUAUUGUGAAACUUGCAUGCUAUAUCGGCCUCCUCGUUGCUCCCACUGUUCCAAAUGUGAUAAUUGUGUCGAGCGAUUUGAUCACCACUGCCCUUGGGUUGGUCAAUGUAUUGGACAGCGCAAUUACCGCUACUUCUUCUGGUUUGUUUGUUCGGCAGCAAUCCUGUGUUUCUAUGUGUUUACAAUGUCUGCAUUGUACAUCAGUCUACUCAUGAAGGAUCACCGUUCAGUGGUGGAGGCAAUUAAAGCAUCUCCAGCAUCAGUGGCAGUCAUGGGAUACUGUUUCAUUUGUUUCUGGUUUGUUGGUGGUCUCACCGGAUUCCACUCUUACCUCAUUGCAACAAAUAAGACAACAUAUGAGAACAUCAAGUACAAGUACAGCAACCAACCCAAUGCGUUCGACCGUGGUUGCAUACACAAUUGCUUCGAGGUCCUGUGCACGAAAAGGAAGCCGUCUAGGAUCAACCUGCGAGCCAUCGUUCAAGAGGAACAUGUUGCGUCCCUGCCACGAAUCAGCCGUUCCAGUGUGCCCGAAGAUGAGACGCCCCACCGUCCACGAGCCAAAGUGGAGGAUGACCUUGAGAUGGGCCUCGACAUCCUGAAGACCUCACGGCGCCGGUCAGAUGACCUGAGUGACUUAGAGUUGGGCACUACAAGCAAUGGCGCAAGAUAUCGCAGAAGUGAUUCAGACACUGAGAUCCCAGUUAUGACCAGAACCAUUACUGAGAGCUCCGAUCAAACUAGGGAUCUGGACUUCUAUUCAGUGACCAACGCUGCACAUCCCUCGUCUCCUGAGCAGAGGCAGCUCCCCGAUGAACUCCGCUGA